AUGCAACCGAGAAACAUACGCUUCAUUGACGUAAUCAUUCAUAAAACACGGCUGCACUGCUUUUUCCUCGCAGGUACCUCGGCUGUGUACCACGGCAAGCUUAUCGGCUCGGUCACUACCUACUAUCACAAUUUCAGGGGAACCGUGUACGCCGCUGCUGCUAAGAGCGUCGUCAUCACAGACCUCAACUACGACGGUGGGGGUCCCGCGGCCCAUUUCUGGGCUGGAUCCAACAGUGGACUGGACCCUAAUGGCGACCAGCUGCUCGACGAAGAAAUGAGCACCAAGGUGUUGAAGCCCUACAAGAAUGCCACGGUUUUCCUUAGGUUGCCUAGGAAGAUCACCGAAUACAAGUCUCUGGGCAUCUACUGCGAAUUGUUCGGGGCUGACUUCGGCAACGUCCAGAUUCCGGCUGGCUAUGAGCUGCCCAAGGAGCAGAGCCUCGGCAAGCUGUCCGCCAAGCAGCACAACACAAUGGCUGCCGAAGUCAUCCUCAAGGAUAGCGCCACCAUUCUGCUCAAGGGGUUUGAGUACAGCGCCGCCUGUCCAGGAUCUGCCUAUUUCGUGGCGGGCCGUACUGCCAACGCCCAACCAGAUCAACUGACUCGCCUAAUCUACGACAACGGAAAGACGAGCAAGCUGGGAAGUUACAACAAGAAGGAUAUCACGGCGAUAUUGCCCAUUGGUCGGCACUGGAACGAGUUCAAGUGGUUUUCAGUGUACUGCGUCGACGCCAAGCAGAGCUACGCUGAAAUCGCAAUCAACCAGGCGGUGGCUGAGAAGCUGCCGCUGCACGAUCCCAAGGCUAUCAUGCCCCUGCCUUCGAUAGAGUCGACAGACAACGCAGGUGCGCCCUUCGCUCCGUUCUCAGCACUUUGUGUGUUUACUCUGAUAUCUGUCACAUUUGCGUCAGCUCUCGCCAUUCGGCGAUGCCUUGAAAGCGAUAAUCGCAUCAAGACAUGCUGAAAGCGACGGCUUCUUAUUGUGGAGCUUCCAAGGCCUUCCGCCGUGUGUCUUGCGCCCAUAACUCUUCGUGUUCGACAGCCGAGUGCUGGACUUAACUUGCCGGCGCCAUCUGUGUGCUGUGCCGAGUGGAAAGUAUACAAUGGUCUGUUGGUGCAAAUAAAAGCUAUCUUAU